AUGAUCAGCUCCAUGGAGAAAAAGUGCUCGGAGAUGACGGAGCUGAUCAGAGCUCAGGAGAAGAGUUUCCAGUCUCUCUGUGUCUCUUCUGCACGUGAGGAUUCACCCAGCAGCACUGUCCAUCAACAUCUCUCAUUUGAUGGAGUGAGGAAUUCUCUGUCAGAUCUGAAGAAGAGACUCGAGGAAUUCUGUGAGGAGGAAUUCAACAAAAUCUCUUCACAUGCUACAGCAGUUUCACCAUCAGAGCCAAAGAGCAGAGAAGAUUUUCUGAAAUGUUUCUGUUAUCUGACUCUGGAUCCCAACACAGCAAAUCAUUUCCUCAUUCGGUCUGAGAAGAACAGAGCGAUGACAUUCAGUGUGAAAAAUCAGCAGUACUCUUAUCAUCCAGAGAGAUUUGACUCCUGUUGUCAGGUGUUGUGUAAGGAGAGUGUGUGUGGAUGCUGUUACUGGGAGGUGGAGUGGAGCGGUGAUGGUGUGUACAUCUCAGUCACAUAUAAAGACAUCAGGAGGAAAGGACGGGGUAAACAGUGUGUGUUUGGACUCAACAAUCAGUCCUGGAGUCUGUGCUGUUCUUCUUCUUCUCUCUCUUUCUGUCACAGCAACAUUAAAACUGAUCUCAGAGUUCCAUCAUCCUCCAGAAUAGGAGUGUAUGUGGAUCACAGUGCAGGAAGUCUGUCCUUCUACAGCAUCUCUGACACGAUGAAGCUCCUCCACAGAGUCCACAGUACAUUCACUCAACCUCUAUACGCUGGGUUUUGGGUUUCUAAAGGAAAUGUGAGGUUGUGUGACCCAAAAUAACAGCAGAUACAAUUAAUCUGUCUUUGAAACUUUAUUAUUGUUUAUGAUUGAAACUUUGGUAAAUUUGGUAUAAACAAUUUGAUUCUCUAAUAAACUCUAAUAGAGCCUCACACAGCUAAAAUAAUAACUCAAUGUCUGGGGUAACUGUGUUAUUUGAUGAAUUAGAAGUAAAUAUCCACAUCUUUUGAAUAUAUGUGUUAAUUAGAAAUGAUGAAUAUUUUACUAACUGCUUAUUUUUGUCGAGUAAUUCAGUUCGGUUCACUGAAAUGAUUUGAUUCCUUACUUAUUGACGAGACUCACUUUACCAAGACAACAUGACACCAACCAGGACUCACAAGUUUUAUCAAAAGUUUGGAGUGAGAUUAUCUGUUAGAGGAGGAGCCACUCAAAUAUUCGCAGCAGCGGCCCCUUGGCUCCACCCAAUUCUCUCAAGUUUUUGCUAGCAGUUCAAUUUGACCUUUUGUUCAUAACUGACCAGCACAAAUAGAAAUGAUAACAAUUGGUAAAUCUGACAAAAGACAAUUUCAUCCAAAUUAAAUAAAUUGUUUCAUAUAUUAAAAAAAAAAUACAAACGUACCAAAAAUAAAAAUAAAUUUGGCCCCAAAUGAGCAAACUGAACAGCAGUGCUCAAUGUACACAUACAGUAGGAUUACAGAACUUUCCCUGAGCAUGUAUGUCAAGCUGUGUGUGUGUGUGUGUG